CAAUUGUCAAAAGUCAAAAGACUCAAGAUACGCCGUAAUUUGUCGCUCGCUGACACCAGCUCAGCUCGAGUGACAACCCCUAAAGCGCCAAGACCGAGCGUCUGCGAAACACAACGCCCACCUAGCCAAUAAAUCGGCACAUCGGGUCAGCGAUCGCCGACUCGCAUCGGGCACUGAUUCGCGAGGUGGCCGACGUCCAAUUCGGUUCGCGACCGGGGGAGGGGCGGCUCCUCCGUCCGUGCCAGAGGUGGAGGUACUGACUGACAGACGGACGGGCCGGGAGCGACAGACGAGGGUGCGGCCGCCAGUGACCGCCAGUGACGGUCAGUGAUCACCAGUGACCACCAGUGACCGCGGCGGUGACCACCAGUGACCGGCGGUGACCAACAGUGACGGCCAACAGUGACACCAAGGGACACCCGGUCACCGGUGGCGGCGGCUAUAACAGUGACCGUGAGCGCGAAGAGUGCUUUCUUUAGUGACGUCCCAGUGAGAAUCAGUGACCAUCAAUAGUGGUAAAAAUUGCCGACGGCCGCAGUUAAAGUCUGUGAUCAUUCGGCCAAUGCAAGGCUUGUUCCAGCGGAAAACCGCCCAGUAACAGUAAGAGCUCCCCGGUAAACGGCUUGUCAGCAACACUUCUGGCGACAACCGUCUAAUCGGCAACAUUUGUCUUCGGCGAACGACGCAUACAGUGGCUUUCGCGUGCGACUGAAAUAGCGUUAUUUCGGUGCGACGGGAACGUUCUUUUGUGGUGACGCUCAUCACCGUCCAUUAGUGACGGUCUGUGACAUCCAGCACCGUCCGGUGGUGACCCCUGCGUGACCUGACCCUCGGCCCACCAUGCCCGGGGAGCCGGGUGACCCUCCGGCCGACGACUGGGCCGAACAGUGCCUGCGCCGGUGUCGAGCGGAGGCCGUCUGCUCCCUCCGUGCCUUGCUGCAGGAGGACAGCUCCGACCCUUUACCCAACAAUGCCAACGCCGCGGCUAGGCGCACCUCUCCGCCGGAGAUAAUCGUCACGCCGGCUGACACGGACGAGGACCGCGCCUGUCCCACCCCGCCUCUGCUCCCAGACGGUCACCUCCCGCCCGAUACAGGGGGUGACCUCUCUCCACCGCCCAAACGCAGAGGACACUCGCUAAGGAAGCUGCUCACACGGUCCAAGAAGUCUCGCCGCGCUGAGAAGAAGGCACAAAACUCGGAGACGAGUCCCGAUGUUGUCCGGAACACGGUCGAGCUGACACCGGAGUCAGCCUGCCGCGGCCCCGUCGGAAAGGCGGCGGCUCGGGCGGCCGCCACCGCCGCCGCCCGCCGCACCUCCCAGUCUGUGGAGAACUCCUCGCAGACCCGUCCGUUCUCCAUGUCGAUGCGCGCUCCGGCGCCGGUCGCCCCUCCGGAGCCCGAUGACCUGGCGGUCCGGCUGAGGGCGUACACGGAGAGCGGAGGUCCGGGCCGGCCGGGGGCCGGGCGACACCAGACGGACAGCGCCAGCGCGCUCUCGGCAGAGUUCCAGCGGUACCUGGCGGCGCGCGUGGCAGAGCUGCGCGAGCGGCGCCGGCUCGGCCUCUCAGACGACCAGGUGCGAGACGAGUUCCUCCGAGAGGUCGGCGGAAUGCUCAGGGAGAUGGCCGACCAGCUCAGAGAGGCCCGGCUGAAACAGCAGCGGGAGCAGCAGCAGUCGCAGCCGGCUCUGCCGACCAGGCUGGUGGUGUCAGCGGCGCACCGGAUCGGACGGGGCUUCCUGGCGGCUGGCGGGGCCGUCAGACACGCGCUGCGCUUCAUCACACACACCGGGCACACAGAACAGGAGGCCUGCUGACGGCUGGAGCACGAUAGAGCUGAGAGAAGCAGUCGGGCUACAACCAGACAUUCUCGCCCGUCCGUGGCAGAAAAGAAUGGCGACAAAGCGACAUAACUAUGACGUGUCUCACACGUUUUAAAUAUCCCUUUAGUGACGCAGGCGUCGGUCGUGUUGUUGUUGGAGAAGUAUGAUACAGUAAGUUACAACGAUGGCUUCAAAGGGGAACCCAAACUGCUGGACACUGAAUGGACAAGGCGUCGUUCUAGAAGAGUGUUAUUGAUGGUAUUUAUCGAGCGCUUCAAUGAAUUCUAUGAUCGCUCAAUGCAACUGCAAGGAUGAACGAAGUGUCUUCCCUGUGCGUCUUGUAGUUCACCCCAGUUUGUGUUACUCCGUGCAAUGUUAGUGUUCGUGCGGAUUGCAGAGCAUCAUGUGUGCAGAGAAGGAAAGGAACCAGACAAUAUCGAAUCAUAUUGUGAGACGAGCCGCGGUUUUUGCGGUUGUCGCCCAGCUGUUCCCUGUACCACACGCACCGUCGCUGCUCCAUAUACCCCACCAGCUGCGGGCGGGCCGCUGUUUUUACGUCUGUCUGAUAUUCACACGGACACCUGUGCAGAGCUCAGCCGUGUUGGAGGGGGGAGGGGGAGAGUGAGAUGUCAUCGUGUCAUCGCGGCUGCUAGUUGGCUGGUCGGUUAGACAUCGCGGUGGGACCGGGAGGGGAGGGAGGGGAAAGGGGAAGGUGUUCGCUCUAGGUCGUGACAUGUCGUAUCACAAUGAACUGAGGAAGAUCUGUGUGUGUCUGUUGGGCGUCUUUGGUGACGAUUGGCAUUGCGUGUGUGUAUUUGGCUGCCAUUUGUGGGAAAACGUGAAGUGCAGGACAGUGGAGGUCGCACAACACCAGUGGGAACUGCAGUAGUACAGACCAUAGAAAUCGAGUUCUGCAACGAAAUGUCAAAUAAGUGUGGCUACUGAAAAAAAAAUAUUAUGCCAGAUCAAACAAAUACAACACAACUAUUUUUAACA